UAGAGCAAAUGAGCCCAGAAAUCGGCCCAACUCCUCUUCCUACAUACAAUGCAAAGAUGCUGCCGCAAGUGCAAGGCAAGUGCCAGCCGAAAUGUUGUCCUACUUGGUUGUAUAUCAUAAUGCAUCAGUGUUGGGUCUAUGCUCCAGUGGAAAGGCUACCUUUCAUGGCCAUAUUUGAUGGCAUCUCGUUGAGGACACCAGGGGCGCACUUAAUGGUGACUUGGCUAAAUCAUUAUAACCAGGGAAAGUAUUUGCCUCUGAAUAAACGCCGGUCUGAGGAUCCUUGCCUUGUAAACGAUAAGCCGAAUCACCCAUCCUCAAACGUCACCGUGACUUAUUACGGUAGCGCAAGAAAGGAAAAAAGAAAGGAUAAAGAGGGAAAAUGA